AUGGGACCUGAAACACUUGUAACUUCUUCAAAUGAUAUUCGAGAGAACUUGGUGUCUACUGCUAUAAAAUUUUUAACAAACCCUAGUGUACAACGCUGUACUAUGGAAAGCAAAGAAAGAUUUCUACGUAGUAAAGGACUUACAGAUAUAGAGAUACAGAAAGCGAUUGAGAAAUGUGGUGAACUGAUUGAUGUGCCAUCAAUUACAUCAGAACUAAUGUUCUUUCAUCAGUCAAGGCGGUCAUGGUUUAAAGAUAAUGUAAUGCCAUUUAUUAUUUAUGGAGGUUUAGCUUAUGGAUGCUAUUGGUUCUAUAAGAAUUGUAUAAGACAUUUACUCUUCAUUGAAGAACCAAAGAGAAAAUCAACUUCAGAGUGUAUAGAUGAACUCCGUAAAUCCCUAGACAUUUUAAAUGCUAAUGUGACAUCGCUGCGAUCAGAUAUGCAAGCAACAACACAGCACAGCAUAUUACGAUCACAACUGGACAACAUCAAGUCUGACAUUGCUUCUGUGAAAGGAAUACUACUGAAUAGGAACCAAUUCCCUGCAAUUAAAACACGAUCCGAUCCGCCGUCCAUUCCGGCAUGGCAGAGGCAGUCGGAAGAAGCCACCUCCACGGAAGCAGUCACGGAAGAAAAACAGAAGCCUCACAGAAGUCGCAGCCAGCGAUCAGAAUCUGGCGGUUCGAAUUCCAGCGAAGGCGAACAGGCCACUAAAAACAGUGAUAGCAGCUUAGAAAUUAUGUAA